AUGAAAAGAUCAUUCCACUCAACAAGCGCAAAUUUAGCAGGUGGACCAUCAGCACCAAUUAACUAUCCAUCAUUAGAAAUCGAAAAUGGAGGUGAAAAACAAAAAAUGAAUCUUUUCCAAGCACUCAAUAAUGCAAUGGAUAUUGCUUUACAAAAAGAUCCAAAAGCUGUCAUUUUUGGUGAAGAUGUUGGUUUUGGUGGUGUAUUUCGUUGUACAGUUGGUUUAAGAGAAAAAUAUGGUGCAAAUAGAGUUUUUAAUACACCACUUUGCGAACAAGGUAUUGCAGGUUUUGGUAUUGGUUUAGCUGCUCAAGGUGCUACCCCAAUUGCUGAAAUUCAAUUUGCCGAUUAUAUUUUCCCAGCUUUUGAUCAAAUUGUUAAUGAAGCAGCAAAAUAUAGAUAUAGAAGUGGUGGUCAAUUUGAUUGUGGAUCAUUAACUAUUAGAUCACCAUAUGGUGCUGUUGGUCAUGGUGGUCAUUAUCACUCACAAUCACCAGAGUCAUAUUUUGGACAAACACCAGGUUUAAAGGUUGUUAUUCCAAGUACACCAAUCGAAGCUAAAGGUUUAUUAUUAGCAUCAAUUCGUGAAAAAGACCCAGUUAUCUUUUUCGAACCAAAAUUAAUGUACAGAUCAGCAGUUGAAGAAGUUCCAGUUGGAGAUUAUGAAAUUCCAUUAGGUAAAGCACGUAUUGUUAAAGAAGGUAAAGAUAUUACACUUAUUGGUUGGGGUGCUCAAAUGAGAGUAUUACUCCAAGCUGCCAAUAUGGCCGAAGAAAAAUUAGGUAUUUCAGUCGAAUUAAUCGAUUUACGUACUAUUCAACCAUGGGAUGUUGAAACUGUUAUCAAUAGUGUUAAAAAAACUGGUAGAGUUGUUAUCAGUCACGAAGCACCAAAGACUGGUGGUUGGGCAGCUGAAAUCUCUGCUACUAUUCAAGAACGUUGUUUCCUUCAUUUAGAAGCUCCAAUCCAAAGAGUUUGUGGUUACGAUACUCCAUUCCCAUUAAUCUUUGAAAAAUUCUAUCUCCCAGAUCAUCUUAAAAAUUUCGAAUCAAUUAAAAAAACUAUUCAUUAUUAA